GGCUCCUGGAGGAAACAGCACAUAAUUGUGUGUGGUUUCACACACUGCUUUGUCUCUGUGGAAGGGUAUAUUUAUGUACUGAUGAUGGAGUCCUGGACCCGCUUCAUCUAAUUUGUCAGAUUGUCCUCUGCAAAUUCACCCAAUUUCUUGUCUCAAGGUAGGACCAUGAGGUACUGAUCACAAAGCCUCAAAUUGGGCUGUGGCAUUCUUCAUAAAUUUUGAAGUUGGAGAAACAACCAGGGAAGACUUUAGAGGCUGUUAAAUUUGAUGCAUGAGAGAAUUAAAUGUCUGAGAUCUGGGAAUGCUUUGUUUUGGGCUGGGACUGUGUAUGCUACGCAGGCUCUCUGCACUUCCUGGGUGAGAACUUUCCUUGUCCUCAAGAUUCCACGUGGGAAUCACUGCAAGAUAGUCACUGCAAGACGUCUGAAGAUCUCUAUCUCAGAUUUGCAUCACCUCCAGUAUUUCAUGGAAAUGGGAGAGAAAGGACCAGUAGUUGUAUAUCUCCUUGGCAGAAGCUGGAACUGGCUUCCUGGUAUUGGGUGAAGGUGGCAGUUUGUCCUGGCUCUCUAUAAGUUAAAGGGCAGGUGGAGAGAAACAGGUGGGGACUUGUAACCUGAGCAUGUAGGGAACUGUGAGGCAAGCUUACACCCUCAUGUUUGCUCUUUCCUCUCUUAGCUUUGACAGCUAAGAAUCUGACCUUCCCCAAGAGGGAAGCCUGGAGGAAGACCCAUCAGCCCUGGAAAUCCUGAAAGUCAUGUCCCUCGGUUCCGAACUGUUCAGGGAUGUGGCCAUAAUUUUCUCCCGAGAAGAAUGGGAGUAUCUGGAGCCUGUUCAGCGGGACUUGUACAGAGAUGUGAUGUUGGAGAACUACAGCCACCUGGUUUCUCUGGGUCUUGCCAUAUCCAAACCUGAUGUGAUAUCUACCCUGGAGCAAGGAAAUGAGCCCUGGAUAGCAGAGGGGGGCUUGACAGGAGGCCUGUGUGUGGUGUUGGAGCCUGGAAAUAAUUCCAAAAUACCACCUCCAAAACAGCAUGUUUGUGAAGUUGAAUCACCACAGUGGGCGAUGACAGAAAACCUCACGAGUCAUGAUCUUGAGUGCCAAAGUUUCCGAGAUGCCUGGGAUUGCAAAAGCCAGUUUGACAGACAACCAGGAAAUCCAGACAGACAUUUCAGUCAAAUGUUAAUCAGUAAUGAAGAUACUUUAAACCGGCAAGCAUCUCUUACUUUAUAUCAGAAAAUUCAUAGUGGAGGAAAGCCCUGUGGAUACAAUAAAUGUAGAAAAGGCUUCUGGCAAGAAGAAUUCCUUGUGAAUCCAGGAAUUCAUACUAAUGAGAAACCCUACAAAUGUAAAGAGUGUGGGAAGGCCUUUAAAUAUGGUUCACGGCUCGUUCAACAUGAGAACAUUCAUUCCGGCAAGAAGCCCUAUGAAUGUAAAGAAUGUGGGAAGGCCUUCAAUUCUGGUUCAAAUUUCAUACAGCACCAGAGAGUUCACACUGGCGAGAAACCUUAUGAAUGUAAAGAUUGUGCAAAAGCCUUUAGUCGAAGCUCGCAGUUGAUUGAGCAUCAGCGAAUUCAUACAGGCGAGAAACCCUAUCAAUGUAAGGAGUGCGGCAAGGCCUUCAAUCGGAUCUCACAUCUUAAAGUACAUUACAGAAUCCAUACUGGUGAAAAACCCUAUGUGUGCAAGGAAUGUGGGAAGACCUUCAGUCAUCGGUCUCAGCUGAUUCAACAUCAGACUCUUCACACUGGCCAGAAACUGUAUGAAUGUAAAGAAUGUGGGAAGGCCUUUAAUCAAGGGUCCACUCUUAUUCGACAUCAGAGGAUUCAUACAGGUGAGAAACCCUAUGAAUGUAAGGUGUGUGGCAAGACCUUUAGAGUGAACUCGCAACUCAAGCAACAUCAGAGGAUUCACACUGGAGAAAAACCCUACCAGUGUAAGGUAUGUGGUAGGGCCUUUAAACGGGCCUCACAUCUCACGGUGCAUUACAGAGUUCACACGGGUGAGAAGCCAUAUGAAUGUAUGGGAUGUGGGAUGGCUUUCAGUCACUGCUCACAGCUGCUUCAACAUCAGGAAGUUCAUACUGAGGAAGAGCCCUAUGAGAAUGAUGGAGGGAACAUCAAUCACAAUUCAACGGCUGUUCAGCAUCCAGAACUACAUACAAGGGAAACACACGUGAAUAUAAUAAAUAUGGAAAAACCAUCUAUCAGCACUUACCCGUUAUUAAUCAUUAGGGAAUUUAUGUUGGCAAGCAAUAAUGUGAAUGGAAAUAAAGGGAAAAACCCAUUAGCAUAAGGCAGUCAUAAUUUGUGCCUCUCGGAGAGAGACUGGACAAAUGAGACUAGCAUCAUUCAAGUGAGAACACCUCCAUUCAGAGCUCAUCGUUUAUGUCAAAAACUUCGUAUAAAAUUUUAUAAUAAAUUGUUUAGACCACAGUUAUUAAAAAAAACACGCAGGGAAAGGUUGGAGAGAAUUUUGUCUCCCUUAUUCCAAAUCACAUUUUCUAUUCAGAGUUUAUUAAUUUUAACAAGUCUACAGUCCUAGUUUUCUGGGCGAGGAAGCCAAAUUACUCUUGUGUUAACAAGGAAGUAAGUCAUGCAACACCAUGUGUUGGUAAUUGAAAAAGAAUUGAUAGUUUUACAUGCUAAGAAAGGUAAGAGACAAAGCUAUAUCCAGAAGAAUUAGAAAAUUUUUGAGUUUGCAAGUUGUGGGUCGGGGUAUGUGCAAGUGAGGGACAUGGAGAUCAGAAGACAGCUUUGUGGAGUUGGUUCUCUCCUUCCUUUAUGUGGGUUCCAGAGACUGAACUC